GUGGCAUCGGCCUGGUUCUUUCGCGGUCAGGCAGCUGACUCCGAGCCGUCCGCAGAAACGGGAGAGGAGAGCGAGCUGCCGGCGGCAACGGAGGAAGGCUCUCCACCGAGGAGAGCGGCUCUCAAGCAAGACUUGGUCGGUCUCAAAGCCGUAGAGAUUCACAGCGACCAAACUGGCGUGUACGCCCUGGAGGACGACCAGCACCGCCGGGUCGCCGCGUUUAAGCCAGCUUCCGGAGAAAACUUCAGGCGCCAAGGACUGAGUAGGUCCUGGCGCAGGAGCACUCAGAGAACAGGCUGUGUACAUCGUUGA